AUGGCUGUUUCAAUGAGCCACUCUUUUGCACAGACUGUUGCAGAAUUCAACAUCAAAGACAUCCAUUCCAUCGCAUCAGUCAAUGGACCAGAUCAUUUUUUCAAGAAACUUCACUCAUUAAACAGCACCGAUGACUCAUCAGACUUCUUUCAGUGGUCAGAUACCGAUGACAAUAUAGAUGACGAUUAUCUGGAAGAACCUUUCAUUCAACCGGUCAGAGACUCAGAUCUGCUCUCAGCCGAGACAUACAGCUCUUUCAAGCAGGCUUGUUUCCGGCAUAUUUCACCAGACCAAAAAACUGCAUUCACAUUCGCUGUCUUGGACGACUUUAUGUUAGACAAUCUUGAGUGCGGUACAUCAGCCAUGAAUUACUACAGCAAAAUUCGCAGACUCACCUCUAGCAUCUUUCCACUGAUGGUUACGGAUCGCUAUAGAGAGCUCAUGAGAGCUGCCAGGCAGUGGCGACAAUGCAAGCUCUACAAGUGGCAUGGAUUUGCCCACAAAGAUGACCAGCCAAAGGAUGGUGAUCUUGCCCUAUUUUGUCUGGCAUGUCCGCAACCGGGUAUAAACUUGGACCUGUCUACCAGUACAGUCGCCCAGCCUGACGAUACACCUUCCUGGCUCAUGACUAGGUAUUUGGUCAUGGAUGGCAAUUUCAAAGCCGAGCACAUGCAUCCGGUGAAUCCAUCCGAUGAAGUAUCAUUAAUGGAUGGUCUGGGGUUCAUGGUCUCCGAUGAAAGAUACAAGAGCCAUUUGGCCAUUGCUCAAGACAAUGUCCAAAGGUCGGAUUGCAAUAAUCACCGGGCAGUAAAUCAAGCAAACGCCUCGCAGCAAAGGCUGGAAGCCACCGGUAUAGGAGGAUGUGCAUGUGCACAGCAUGGAUGUUUUGUCCCACAUUCCAUGGUCGACUUUCAGAAAGGCGAAAGGCAGAUGAACAUGGACUAUGCAUUAAGUCAAGCUCUCAACUAUAAGACCGACAGAAUCUCUCGAGCCAUCACUUUCUACGACAUAAAUUUUCAGUAUAACAAGUAUUUGAAGGACCGGAUCGCUUCCAGCAUGUAUCUUUCCAUCCCCAUAGGUAUGGAUAUCAUUCCUGGAAUCGGUUUGUGGCAUGUACAUGGACAUCAAGACAACUGCUUUGUCCGGUAUGCAUCAAAUUUUAUCCAUGGGACCGGCCGGAUAGACGGAGAGAUUAUGGAAACCCUCUGGGCACCUUUGAAUAUAAUAUCUCCAUCGGCCAGGGGCAUGGGAACUCCCCAUCGCAAGGAGGUAUUGGAUUAUCAGAUGAAUGAUUGUAAUUUCAUGAAAAUGAUUUGUAUAACUAAGUUUCUGUCCAGAAAAUUCAAAGAGGCCAUCAAGGGGGCUUCGGAAAGCAAACUUGCUUUUGAUAAUCUUAACGAGACUGCCAACCCCGACAUGGUAGUUCUUUGGAAGGCAGAGGAGGCAUUGGCUCAUGCAAACAGAGCAGAGGAUCCUACGGCUAUGGACAUCUAUGAGGUCCGGUUGGAAAGAGGCAAGUCACCAACAAAGAAACAGCAGGAAUUGCACCUGUUGCAGGCUCAAAAUCGCCCUGAACAUCCGGUCAUCAACCCUCCCGGUCGACAAGGAGCCGCCACUUGGCUUGCAACUGGUCUUACCAUAGAGGAAUCGCAAAUAUCUCUCUGCAAGGAUGUGAGAAGUUUGCGAAUGCACCCAAUGGACAUGCAACUGUUGAGAGUGGCUCGAUGCCAGGAUAAGCUUCACACUCAGAUCACGAGCUUUCUUGAGAUGUCACCUACUUAUCUCGGAGUUGGAGUCAAUGUCAAUGAUCCGGAUUGUCCGGUUACUGUUUGUAACUCACUGGAUGAUUGUGAAGAUUACUCCGAUUUUGACGAAGAUCAAAAUCCUGAUCCGGACGUACACAAUGCUUCCAUAUUUCAACCGGAGCUCACUGUCAUACCCCUACCAUCCAACAUUGGUGCAGUAAGGUGCAGGGAGUUAGGUCUCACCAAUCUCAUCAAAGAAGAAAUUGCCCUCCGAGAAGGUCAGGCCAAUGACACAUUGCAUGCCAUUAGAGUUCAUUUAGGAGAUAAAGCUGUUUUAUUCCGCAAUACUGUCCGGUCAGCCAAGUCACAGGCUUCAUCUACUAGGGCAUGGACUCGAGUUCGCUCAGUUGAAACAGCAGUCAAUCUCCAUGCUCGUAUAUAUUCGAAAUGCCGGUCGCAACUGGCCAAACUCCCUUACCACGACCUCUUGAAGAAAUACCUUCCUUUGAAGAAAGAAGACCUGAAAGCCAGCUCUGCGGUGGCCGAUCCAAAUGCACGUGGUCAGAGAGAUACCACUCUUUCAUGGUUCUGGUCCUUGGAUGUUCAGGGAGACACAUCAGGAAAUGACUGGAUGACUGAAUGUGUGUCUAGUGUUUCUGAUUAUGAGGUCAUCCGGUCUCACAUGUUCUAA